AUGGUAGGGAAUGAGAGAGCCGACCAGCUCGCUAAAGAGGCCGCACAUGACAAAAAGAGAAAACCCGACUAUGACAGAUGUCCAGUCUCAAAAAUAAAAAGACUGUUGAGAACCGACUCGAUUCGGCGGUGGGAGGAGGAAUAUGGAGUUGGAACAACGGCUUCUACGACCAGGUUCUUCCUCCCAACCGUCGCAUCUGCCCUUAAGGCAAUGAGAGAGGUGGGGCUGGACAGCGAGCUAACACAGGCCCUAACGGGCCAUGGUGGGUUUGCCGCUUACCUCCACAGAUUUAAAUUAAAAGAUGACCCUACUUGCAUCUGUGGGGAAGGCGACGAAACUGUACUGCACCUGUUAGCCCGCUGUCCAGUUCACGCGCGGGAUAGAGCGGAAUUAGAAAUGAGACUGGACAUAAACUUGACUGAAAACAGCCUGUCGGAAAUAUUCUCCAGCAAUAAAGCGAGGCCAAAAUUAGUAAAAUAUAUUAAGAAAAUUGUGCUCGCAGCCCAUCCGCCGAGCGGAGCGCACACGUUCCGCGUCGCUCCGCACUUUAAAAAUCCGGAAAAUAGUCAAAGUUUGAAUAUCAAAGUGAAAGUUAUGCCAAAGUGUAGUGUUUUGUGUUCUCUACACGGGAGUGUAAUUAUCUUGGACCUGGACCAAAAAUUCCGGGACUUAGGACCUCAUUUGGACCUUUUUAGGUUAAAAAUUGACUAA